AUGAAGUCCGCUUUCACCCUCUCUAUGGCGGCUGUCGCCAGCGCUGCCUCCUUCAGCGUCGGCACAGUCCACGACAAGGCCGCUCCCAUCCUCAGCUCCAUCGAUGCCGAGACCAUCCCAGACUCCUACAUCAUCAAGUUCAAGGACCAUGUUGAUCAUGCCGCUGCCAGCGACCAUCACAUGUGGGUUCAAGACACACACAAGCAAGGCGAGACUGAGCGCCUCGAGCUGCGAAAGCGCUCCAUUCCUUUCACAGACAAGACCUUCUCUGGCUUGAAGCACACCUUUGACAUCGGUGAUGCCUUCAAGGGCUAUGCCGGCCACUUUGACGAGUCCAUGAUCGAGAAGGUCCGAAACCACCCUGACGUCGAGUUCAUUGAGCGAGACACUCUUGUCCACACCAUGGUCCCUGUUUCGCAGAACAUGAUCACUGAGGACAAGUGCGACGGCGAGACCGAGCGACAGGCUCCUUGGGGUCUUGCCCGUAUCUCCCACCGCAACACCCUCAACUUCGGUACCUUCAACAAGUACCUCUACUCCUCCGAUGGUGGUGAGGGUGUCGAUGCCUACAUUGUUGACACUGGUACCAACGUCGACCACGUUGACUUCGAGGGUCGUGCCCACUGGGGUAAGACCAUUCCCUCUGGCGAUGCCGAUGAGGAUGGCAACGGUCACGGUACUCACUGCUCCGGUACUGUCGCCGGUAAGAAGUACGGUGUUGCCAAGAAGGCCAACGUCUAUGCUGUCAAGGUCCUCCGAUCUAACGGCUCCGGAUCCAUGUCCGACGUUGUGAAGGGUGUCGAGUUCGCUGCCACUAGCCAUCUCGAGCAGAAGAAGAAGGCCAAGGACGGUAAGCGCAAGGGCUUCAAGGGCUCUGUCGCUAACAUGUCUCUUGGUGGUGGUAAGACCCAGGCUCUCGAUGCCGCCGUCAACGCCGCUGUCCGCACUGGUAUUCACUUUGCUGUCGCCGCUGGCAACGACAACGCUGAUGCUUGCAACUACUCCCCCGCUGCCGCCUCUGAGCCCGUCACCGUCGGUGCCUCUGCUCUCGAUGACAGCCGUGCCUACUUCUCCAACUACGGAAAGUGCACUGACAUCUUCGCCCCCGGUCUGAACAUUCAGUCCACCUGGAUUGGCUCCAAGUACGCCGUCAACACCAUCUCUGGUACCUCCAUGGCCUCUCCCCACAUUGCUGGUCUCCUCGCCUACUACCUCUCUCUUCAGCCCGCUGAGGACUCCGAGUACGCCCUUGCUUCCAUCACCCCCAAGAAGCUCAAGGAGAACCUCAUCUCCGUCGCCACUGAGGAUGCUCUCUCCGACAUUCCCUCCGACACCCCCAACCUGCUCGCCUGGAACGGCGGUGGCUGCAGCGACUACAAGAAGAUUGUUGAGGCUGGUAGCUACAAGGUCAAGGCUGCUCCCUCUUCUCGCGUUGAGGAGAUCAAGCACGCUGUCGAGCAGGAGGUCAACCUCGUCUCUGGCAAGCUGACCACUGGUGCCAAGGAGCUUGGCUCCAAGGCCGAGAAGUUCUCCAAGAAGAUCCACGAGCUCGUCGAUGAGGAGCUUGAGCAGUUCCUCAAGGAGCUCAACCUCUCUCGAAAGAAGAAUCGCCGCCCACUGAGUCGAAGCAAAUCCACCAACUCUGUCACCCGCAGUCCCAUCCGCGAUCUCGAAUCCAUCAAUGCUGCCAGGGCUGAACGAGAUGCCAACAUUGCUGCCGUAGUCUCAUAUCAACGGGCUCAAGACAGAGACAGUAGUGAGGGAAUGCUAUUUCCACGGGACCCUGCGAGCUUCUACCCUGACAGGAGUGAUGGCACUGGCAGCGUCAUCAGACACAGCCUGGAGCGGACUGACAGUGCUCUGAGCGGCCAUGGCAGAUCAAACAUCACUCGACAGAAAAGCGUCCGCUUUACCGGGCCGUUAGCUCACCCACGCAGGAAUUUUGCACCCAGAGCGAAUGGUGGAAGAGAUUCUCCGACAAAAGCAACUUCCGCGAUCCAUGCUUUCGGGGACGCAAACGCCAGACCCUCACCCACGCUGUCGUUCCAAGACGAACGACCAGAUAACUUCUCCCUUACCCGACGUUACCUAGAGACGCUGCAGCCACCCGACUCGUGUUACCACCCAGAAGAAGAUGCUGCUUCGAUGGCCGCAACCUACAAAAAGGUCAGGAAGUCCCGGUCAAUGGUGACUUCCUCACAUGCAGAGACAGGGACAAUUUCUAGCAAGACUUGGUCUGCAAGGACUCGCCAGCCGCCUCCAGUUCCUCGACUUCUGCCUCCGAAUAGCGAAAAUGAACAGCUAAAGGCUGCGAUGCCCCCCCAUGCCAGUCUUAGAGCUUCUACAUCAAUGAGCUUCCUCAAAACCCGGCGACGGCUGGCGGCGUCACGUUCAAGCAGUCGUGGUGAUGAUCAUGACCUGGCAGUUCAACUUGCUAGAGAGAAAUUUCGACAGAUACAAGAACAGGAUGCGAAAAAGAGUCAAGCGUCUACUUUGCUACGCCCAAAGCACACACAAAGCGAAAACUCUCCCUUCCGAAAGUCGAUGCGCAAUAACAGCAACAACACAGCAGUCUCGGCCCUUUCCACCAUCUCAGCUUCAAAGCAGAGAGGCAUCCGAAAGACGGCGCGCAAAGUGUCUCAUGGUCUCAGAUCGCGACUGCGGGGGCUCUUUGGCAGAGGAAAGAGUUCCGAGGACUCGGGCCAGCAUGAACACGAACAAGUCGCGGCGGAGAAGGAUUCGGAUGCAGAAAGUUGCUUGCACCUCGGGGACGUUGAAUCGACCGAAGAAGCCUCCAUGUUUCAUGUUACAUCGCAUGUUCCUUCUUUGCACGACGUACCGUCCAACCAGCAGCUCAGGUCUCGCAAGGGUAGCGUUGAAAGCUUUGGAGACGGCGACCAGCAUAUUCCUGAUGACAAGUCUCGUGUCACCAGCUGGACGAACUCGAUGACAAAUACAGUCACAAGCCAUGGGACUAUUGGAGACUGGGAGAGGCAGCGCCUCUCUGUGAUCAAAGAGAAUGGCACGCAUAUUCCGUCAUCAGCUCGAUCGAUCGAAUAUCUGGAGCAGCAAACUAGAGACAUGAUUGCAGACAUGUCGGUUGAUAGCGAAAGAGUCUACUCAGCCCUUAUGGAGCGACUCGCACGCAAGGAGCCGACGGAUAGAAUCUUGCAGUCUCAACCAGGAUCAGUCAAGUCCAGAGUAACGAACACCGGAGAUAGUGAUGGGCAAUCCGUCAACAGACAAUGGGAUUGCUCCACCAUUCGGUGCGUUCGGCCUGAUGAUAACGUUUUCAGGGACAAUAAAGAUAAUUCCUCUCGAAGCUCAAGCUCAGCCACUGAGGUCCCCGAGCACGAGAACAAGCACCAGCCCCAAGCCGAUCACACAUCUACAGUCCAACACACAGAUGCAUUGGAUUGGAGCGACGAUAGGACUCACUCUGAGAGCGAGCGUACUAGUGUUCUACUCCAAGGCCUGGAACCUCACAAGACGAUCACCCAGAGGAGCUCUGCAUUUUUCGCAAGUCCUUCUUGCCAAUCGUUCCGUUCCCCAAGUCCUUAUCGUCGUGCUCUCAGAGCAAGCCAGGUGAACUCUGAAGAAGAACAAGACGCUUUCCAGGGAUCACGAUAUCUACAUUCGCUAUCGACCUUGUGCCUUCCUACGCGUCAAGACAGUAGCCCUUCUUCAGGUAAGGACCUGCAGGUGGGAGAUGCGGAAAGUGUUUACUCUUGUGCGGGCGAUGAUGCAAACCCGAUGCAUUCAGCUUCGGAGAACACCGCGAGACAGAAUGAGACCUGCAUCUACAAUGAUCCCGUACCGCCAUUAGAGACUCCUGCUCGAAUGUCAUAUCGUCAACACCAACGAGAUACAUCGACAGCCAGCUCUGUAGAAUGGAAGACCUGGCUUAGCUCAAAAGUGUCACAGCUUGAAGCACCUUUGACACCUAGCAAGCGAGAGAAAUGGAACGACGUACUUCCAACACUGGGUCACGUUAGGGAAGACGCUUCUAUAGGCUCAACACCUGAGCAUUUUACACCUGCGAAGGAUGGGACAACGAAUCGCAGCCCUCUGGGCAACGUCAAGGGCAAUGCACAAACCUUCCAAGGCGCAGGCAGUCCGACGCGAUCAACGCGACAAGUCUUGAUAGGAUACGACGAGAAUGCAGCACCGAGUUACAAAGCCAAUACUUAUACCAAGGAGCGGCCCCCAUCUAUACCGCCCAGGAGCACGUUGCGAGCGGUGCCAUCUCUGCCAAGUGUCGGCCCAAGAGGAUACAUCCCAGACGCAGGCUUGGUGAAGGAGAUGCCGCGUAUGCGAUCACUAAACACAAUAGGACGUCUCAAUUCGACCCCAGAGGAGUCUAUAAACAAGAGACGGUCCCGGACACGAGUGACUGGUUGGCAAGGCUCACCAACCAAGUCAAGUCCUGGGGUUCGUGCCCAACCUCCCAGAACCGGAUCACCUGCUCUUCGAGGAGACUUUGGCUUGAAGUAUCCGAUCAGACCUCAGACAGCAGAGAGACAGCCGGGAGAUAUGAUGAGGGAUCGAGAGUCUGAUGCUCAAGCGAUGGGUAGCAAGACAAUGGUGGAUCUGUUUUUGAGUAGCCGGCGGAACCAAGGAGACGGUAGGAGUAGUGGAUUUGGUAGUUCACCAGCGGCGUUUCUUUGA